AUGGGCAACAGCAGCAGCAGCAACGCCGGUGGCGCCAAUGUGCGGCCACACGGCAAGCGCAACAACGCAUCACACCGUCGCGCUCAGCAACAAAAGACUGCACAAGCCACGCAACAGGCCGCAGCUCCAGCGAGCGCCCCUUUGCCUCCCGCUGCACCGGCGGCCGUGCGCCGCAACCCGCAGACACGCGAGCGCAAGGCAUUCAAAGAACUGAUCACGGGCGAAUUGCGUGACGUGAACGAAUUCUACGACAUCGAGAAGAAGGAGCUGGGCCACGGUCACUAUGGCACAGUGCGUGUGGGUCUGAGCAAGGUAACCGGUGAGAAAGUAGCCAUCAAGACCAUCCCUAAGGCCAAAGUCAGUCGUCCAGAGACGAUGCGUCGCGAGAUUAGCAUUCUCAAGACUUUGGACCACCCGAACAUCAUCAAACUCUACGACGUGUGUGAGGGCAACCGUCACCUCCACUUAGUGACGGAACUCUGCACCGGUGGAGAGCUCUUCGACCGUAUCAUUGCACGUGGCCACUACAGCGAAGCCGACGCCGCUGUACUCGUCCGCAAGAUCUGCGACGCCGUCAAGCACUGCCACGACCGCGACAUUUGCCACCGUGAUCUCAAGCCGGAGAACUUUUUGUUCGCUACUAAAGCCGAAGAUGCCGAGCUGAAGCUGAGGAAAGUGCUACAGCACCCGUGGAUCUCGGGCUCGGCUCCGAGAUCGAGUAUGACGCUGAACCCGAACAUCUUCUCGAGUCUGAAGCGAUUCACGGGCAACAACAAGCUCAAGAAGGCCGCACUUGGCGUCAUUGCUGACUUGGCUACUGAAGGAGAGAUUGCAGAGUUGAAGAACCAGUUUAUGGCGAUUGAUACCGACGGAAACGGGGUCAUUACCGUGUCAGAGCUAGCGGAAGCACUGCGUGAUACUGGUCUUGGUAUGAUUGAAGAAGAGGUCUUGGAGUUGGUAAAGGGCAUCGACAUUGACGGCGACGGACUGGUGGACUACCCGGAGUUCCUGGCAGCUACCAUGAAGCGUAACUUGGCCAAUCAGAAGGAGCAUCUCAUCAACGCAUUUAAUUAUUUCGACACGACCAACACGGGCCACAUCACCAAGGCUGAUCUCGUACAGUUCAUGGGCAGUGAAGAGCAAGCGCAGGAAGUCAUCAACGAUGUGGACGCCAACGGAGACGGAGUCAUCAGCUUCGAGGAGUUCGUGGCCAUGAUGAACCGCAAGGGAUACGGGGACGACUCGGAGAUGGACAGUCUGGACGACAAUAGCUUCCUGUCAGCGCAGUUUAACAGCGGCAACGUCUCGAUCGUCAAGGAGACUGAGCUCUAA